AUGACUCGGUCGCCGCCGCCGCCUAACUUGCUCCAAAAGCAGCGUCUAAUAAGCAGUUUUAGAGGCCAAACACAUCAGGAGCAAUUCAUUGGUUUACUGGCCAAAGCAGCUUACGGGCAAGCCACGUUUGACAAACGAAAAACUCUUCAGUUUAAAGAUCUCGGUACGUUUGCGUUUUGUUUUCGCAUAUUGCACUCCGUUUUCUGA